UUUCCACAAGUACUAGAAAGAGACAGUUUUUCAUUUUUAAUAUGAGAACUUAAAUCAUACACAGACACGACCACAUGCCUUCCAUUAUUGGUUUUCUUUUAAGUGUCAUAUUUGGUUUUCAAUUUUUUCCAGGCUUCUCUUGUCUUUAUACUGAGUUGCUUCUUCUUUGGGUUCUUUUUUAGUGAUCCAAUGGACAUGGACAAAUGAAGCCAGCUGCCGGGCUUGAUGUGUUAGCUUUGUGAGCUUGAAGUUUUCUUUGUGUGCUUUUUUAUAGAAUUUGAUGGCUUCAAGUAAAGAAUUUAAGAUAAAGGCAAUGGGUUCUUCAAAUCCAGCUCUUGAAGUGUCGGUUUCUUUUGGUAGAUUUGAGAAUGAUUCACUUUCUUGGGAAAAAUGGUCGACUUUCUCCCCAAACAAGUACUUGGAAGAGGUCGAGAAAUGUGCAACUCCGGGUUCGGUUGCUCAGAAAAAAGCUUACUUCGAAGAACAUUACAAGAAGAUUGCUGCAAGGAAAGCUGAGCUACUGGCUCAAGAGAGGUCUGAUGAAAGAGAUCCGACUCGUAAAUCGGAAGGCGAUGAAGGCGAUAAGCAAGAAAUUUGCUUGUUAAGUGAGGUUAAUGAUGUUCAGGAGACUGAAAUUGCUACAAAAUGUCAAGAUUCAUGGGUUGAGGAAUUGAACGAGAGAAUAAAUGGCAUGGUGGAAAAUGAAGAGAAACAAGAAACAAUGGGGAGCUUAGUUAAAGUUCCUGUCUUAAAUGAACCGGAAGAAACUUCUCCUGAAGAAAAAGCCUUUUUGGUGAAGAAGGAAAUGGAAACUCCUUCAAAGGGGUCUCAAGAUGUUGUGGAGUUAUCAUCGAGAUCGGAAAAUGCCGUCGAAACCACUCCCGAGAUCAAAGAUAAAAACUUGAAAUUGGGUCAAUCUGCAAAAUCUCAUAAGAUCACAGCAUUGAAUAAGGAGAGGAACGAUUCGAGGAUGAAGAAGAAACCUGCCUCACCUGUGACUUUAACACCACAACUUUCUACAUCUAGAGCAUCAAAGACAACAUUAACUCCUAUCACGAUGUCUGCUUCGAGAAGUCAAUCAAAAAGAGGAACUGCAUUAUCUUAUUCUUCCACCAAGAUCAAGAAUUCUUCUGUGGUACAAAGCAAGAAAGUGGCUCCUAGAUCCUUGCACAUGUCCCUUAGGGUAGAUCCCUCAAGCCCUGACCCGGCUUCCCUUCCUGCAACAAGGAAAUCUUUAUUUAUGGAGAAAAUGGGAGAUAAGGACAUUGUUAAGCGAGCAUUUAAGACGUUUCAGAGUAAUAAUAACCGAUUGAAACCUUCCUGUCAAGAACAAUCUGCAGCAGCAAAACCGGUAUUAUGUUGUCAUUUUAGAAUUUUAAUCCUUAAGAUCUACCUGACAUUUCUAUUACUACAUAAAUUCACAUUCAUGCAUCUUUUGUUUCGAUUUUUCUUGCAGGCGCCUGCCAAGGGAAGAGAAUCAAGGGUUCCCACUUUGACGACUCCGCAAAAGGAGAAUGGAGGGUCUUCUAAAGUCGGUAGCAUGGAGAAAAAGAAUGCUAAGGCUGCUCCAUCUUAUUCUGGCUUGAAAAGUGAUGAAAGAGCCGAGUGGAAAAAGGAGUUCUCCAAGAAACCGGAAGGAAAAUCCAACGAUGGGGAAGCAGUGAGAAGAUAUCUCCAGACAAAAGCGAAGGAUAAUAGAGAUGCAGAGAUCAGAAAGUUAAGGCAGAGCCUUAAUUUUAAAGCUACACCCCUGCCUGGUUUUUAUCAUGGACAGAGAACUUCAAAAAGCCCUCUUGAUAAGAUUGGUUCCAAGAGUGACAUCCAUCGGUAAACUGGCUUCCUCGGGUCAAUAAACCAGGCUGAUUCAUAUACAAUUAGGGAGAAAAUACCAAGACCGUUUUUCUAUUUAUAAAGAAAAGGAUAGAACCAUAAGAACUACAUCAGCUUCGGUGGCUGACUACGUUGUCGGGCAAGCAAAGGUAUAUCUGAAGGCAUGUUUUUCAUUAUGUAUGCCAUGAUAUAGAAUUUGUCGUCGAUGAGUCGCAUGUCGUCUAUUCGAACGCGUCAAUCCUGUCAUCAAGUCGGUACAUAUAGUAGUAGAGAAGUAUAAUUGUAAUAUAUCUAAAUGUGGACAAGAAGAACCCCACUGAAU